GAGACCAUGCAUGCUAAUGUUCCUCCCUGCCUCGGCUUCUGAUUGCCGCUGCCUCUGUCGCACGUUGUAGCAGCCACACGCAACAGCUGAGCUUGGUGGACUCUCCAGGAGAAGACUUGUGUGGCCGAAACAGGAGCAAGAAGACUUCCAGGAACAGAGGAACGGACCUGUGGAUUGGUUACAAGUGGGCUGCAAUACAAACAGGGUCUUGGGGUUUAUUUUUGGGCAGUGGGAGCAGUUUCUCAUUGGAUCUGGAUGGUGAAAGCUUUAGCGCAAAGUUCGCCUUUAUUUAUGAUGUCAUGGCUUAAGGAGACCCUUUGUCCUGGAUCAUUCAUUUGGGAGAACCCUAAAAGUUAUCCGGGGUUGGGGAGCAACAACUGAGAGUAGAACCCACCCAGGUGUGGGGAGCAAAGUUGGAUCUGACCAGCAGCCUCCCUUGGUUGGAGCGGAGACGCGUCUCCAAGACCAGGAGAAGUUGGACCUUCAUUGCGCAAAGGAGCGCUUUGGGAGCGACCGAGAGGUUGUGGUGGUUCCUUCGGGCUGGGGGCUUGGAAGUGGCCGAGAAGACGACGAAAGGAGAAGGAAAGGCAGCCGUGGCCCCUGCCGGGAACAUGGGCACUCUGAGGGACUUGCAGUACGCUCUGCAGGAGAAGAUAGAGGAGCUCAGGCAGAGGGAUGCGCUCAUAGACGAACUGGAGCUGGAGUUGGAUCAGAAGGAUGAGCUGAUCCAGAGGCUCCAGAACGAACUGGAUAAGUACCGAUCUGUCAUCAAACCGGCCACCCAACAGGUUCACAAACAGAACCCCACCACUUUGGGGGAGCAGAGGACCAAGAGACAGGCUAUUUCUGCAGAGCCAACUGCCAUUGACAUCCAAGAGCUGAGCCAUGUCACUCUUCCCUUCUACCCCAAGAGCCCACAGUCCAAGGAAUUAAUUAAAGAAGCGAUUCUCGACAAUGACUUCAUGAAGAACCUGGAAAUCUCCCAGAUCCAAGAGAUUGUGGAUUGUAUGUACCCCGUAGAAUAUGGCAAGGACAGCUGCAUCAUCAAGGAAGGGGACGUGGGCUCGCUGGUGUAUGUCAUGGAAGAUGGCAAGGUGGAAGUGACCAAGGAAAGCGUUAAGUUAUGCACCAUGGGACCAGGGAAGGUAUUCGGGGAGCUCGCUAUAUUGUACAACUGCACCCGCACAGCCACCGUCAAAACACUUACAAAUGUGAAACUCUGGGCCAUCGACCGACAAUGUUUCCAGACGAUAAUGAUGCGGACGGGGCUCAUCAAGCACACGGAAUACAUGGAGUUUUUAAAAAGUGUCCCAACAUUCCAGAGCCUUCCUGAAGAAAUUGUUAGCAAGCUUGCUGAUGUGCUUGAAGAGACUCACUAUGAGAGCGGAGACUACAUAAUCAGGCAAGGGGCUCGAGGGGACACUUUCUUCAUCAUCAGCAAAGGGAAGGUAAAUGUCACCCGAGAAGAUUCUCCUGGUGAGGAUCCAAUAUUUCUUCGCACUUUAGGGAAGGGUGACUGGUUUGGUGAGAAGGCUCUGCAGGGGGAAGACGUCAGGACAGCGAAUGUGAUUGCCGCCGAGGCCGUGACUUGCCUUGUUAUUGACAGAGACUCUUUCAAGCAUCUGAUUGGGGGCCUGGAUGACGUUUCUAACAAGGCGUAUGAAGAUGCCGAGGCGAAAGCAAAAUAUGAGGCGGAGGCGGCGUUCUUCGGCAACCUCAAGCUGGCAGAUUUCAACAUCAUCGACACGCUCGGCGUCGGAGGCUUCGGAAGGGUUGAGCUGGUCCAGUUGAAAAGUGAUGAGUGCAAAACAUUUGCAAUGAAGAUCCUGAAGAAGAGACACAUAGUGGACACAAGGCAGCAAGAGCACAUUCGGUCAGAAAAACAGAUCAUGCAAAGCGCACACUCAGACUUUAUUGUUAGGUUAUACAGGACAUUUAAAGACAGCAAGUAUUUAUAUAUGUUGAUGGAAGCUUGCCUUGGUGGAGAACUAUGGACGAUUCUCAGGGACAGAGGUUCAUUCGAUGAUUCAACAACAAGGUUUUACACGGCGUGUGUAGUGGAAGCGUUUGCUUAUCUGCAUUCCAAAGGGAUUAUCUACAGAGACCUCAAGCCAGAAAAUCUCAUCCUGGACCAUCGAGGCUACGCAAAGCUGGUUGAUUUUGGCUUUGCAAAGAAAAUAGGAUUUGGUAAGAAAACAUGGACUUUUUGUGGAACCCCAGAGUAUGUAGCGCCGGAGAUCAUCCUGAACAAAGGUCACGACAUUUCAGCCGACUACUGGUCACUGGGAAUCUUAAUGUAUGAGCUUCUGACUGGCAGCCCGCCUUUCUCAGGUCCAGAUCCUAUGAAGACGUACAAUAUCAUAUUGAGAGGCAUCGACAUGAUUGAAUUUCCAAAGAAGAUUACCAAAAAUGCUGCUAAUUUAAUAAAAAAACUAUGCAGGGACAAUCCAUCAGAAAGGUUAGGAAACUUGAAAAAUGGAGUGAAAGAUAUUCAAAAGCACAAAUGGUUUGAAGGCUUUAACUGGGAAGGUUUAAGGAAAGGCACAUUGACACCUCCUAUUAUACCAAGUGUUGCAUCCCCAACAGACACAAGCAAUUUCGACAGCUUUCCCGAGGACAAUGAAGAUCCACCUCCUGAUGACAAUUCGGGAUGGGACAUAGACUUCUAGUACAUUUUUCUUACCUGCUUCUGCCUUGCUGAAGACAGCUUUCCUGAGACACGGCUGCCAAGAAGAAGAAGAGCAAAAAAAACAAACAAAAACGGGAUUCGGUGGGGGAAGAUCAGUGCUCGGGGGUCACCAUGAUGCCUUGAUUGAUGCUGCUCCAGUAAUUACAGUGGCAUUAGGACUUAUUGCUUAAAUGACAAUAAUGCUCUUUAACAUGUUUUACGUUUGACCUUAAUAUAAGAACUGACAUGGUGGUCCUGAAGCAAAUCCUCUUCAAAAGUAAUAAUAGUAUAACAAAAAAAAGCUUUUUAUCAUUUUUUAUGCUGGCCACAUACACAAAGAUGGCAUUGUUCCAAAAUACCAUCACUAGGUCGACCUAUUCCUAUUUGUUUGGGAGAAAGUAAUCAGACCAGAGGUCGACCAAAAAUAUCAAAUUUGGUGAACUGGGUUACAAUUUUUUCUUUUUUGUCCAUUUUCGUGUCCAGGUCACUGGGUUAUGGGUCAGAACCAAUAGCAGUCCAGCUGAUCAUUGACUUGGUGUUGGCUCUGUCCAUGCUCUGGCUCUGUUUAAUCACUUUGUCGACCUAUUCCAUGAACAUUUUUGUUUGGGAGAAAGUAAUUAGACAGAAAUCGGCCAAAAAUAUCAAAUUUGGUGAACUGGGUUACAAUUUUUUCUUAUUGUCCAUUUUCGUGUCCAGGUCACCGGGUUAUGGGUCAGAACCAUAGCAGUCCAGCUGAUCAUUGACUUGGUGUUGGCUCUGUCCAUGGGUCAUAUCUGUAUGUGUGUGUGUGUUUUUGAGUGUGUAAAAUGGGUUGAACCAUGAAAAUCCAGAUUAUCCCCAUCUCUACUCUAUAGGUGGGUUGAAAUAAUGAAAAUCCAACUGAUCACUGCUUCUCUUGUGAUCUACAUGCUGAUCAAAUCAUUGUGUGUGUAUGUUGAGUGGACUGAACCAAUGGAAUUCAACUUAUCACUGUUUUUGGCCUGUUUCCCUUGAGAUCUAACCACUGAUGAGACCAUUGUGUGUAUGUGAGUUUAACCAAUGGAAUCCAAAUGAUCGUUCAUUUUGAUUCGACUACCUUUACUGGUUCUACCCUGACGUACCUUGUGGUUAGCCUCUUUGACCCAUGUAUAAGUAAAGGUCCCCAUACAUCGGCCCGUGUAGGGGCAGAAACAAAGGCCAUACCCGAUCGAUAUCUGGUCUGAAAUUGGCCAGAUAUCGAUCGGGCAGGUUAAAAGAUUCAGUCGGAUCGGGGACCGCAUCGGCUCGUUGAUGCCUUACCUGAACCAACUGCCCUAUUGGCGCCAUUAUAAUUCGAUCGUUUGGCCCCAGGGCUAAACGAUCGAAUUAGCCUACAUGUUCUCCGAUAUCGCCCACCCGUAGGUGGGGAUAUUGGAUGAAGAUCCGCUCGCUUGGCGACCUCGCCAAGCGAGCGAAUCUUCACAUGUAUGGGCACCUUAAGAGUUUAUUCAAGAUCAUUGAAAAUAAUGGACUCUUCCCUGACCCUUUGUGUUCAUGUAGGCGUGGUUUAUUAAACAUCUAAACAACCAAAUUGCCCAAUCUUGAAUGGCCGAAUCAUUGGGUGUGUGGCCAGCUUAAGCUUCUGAACAAAAAGCCUGAAAUCAAACCUGUAUAUAAUAUGAAGAUAGUGUUAUCUGUUAAGGACGGUUGAUAAUUUAUUACAAUACUGUAGCUCAAGGUACAAUCAGACAUUUGAUAAUCUUUAGAGAGGAGCAAACUGGGACUAUAACUGCGGGUCAGAGACGAUACAGGAGGAUAUUUAUCAAAGCUUUAGCCCAGUUGCCCAGCAUUAAAAAAAACCACAAAAAUAUAUAGUAUGGAUAUUUACUCUAUUCUUUUCAUUUUGAAUUCAUGUGAUUAAGCAUCAAAUGCUUCAUUCUACUCCCAGAUAUAAAGCAAAGGACUUUCGUUGACUCUCAUCCAUCUUAAGGACCACAUAACCCAUUUGAUCAUUGCGUUCACGUCAAUCCAGUUCUACAUUCUGUACUUUUUUUUUUUCAUUUGUUUUCAUUAUAAAACUGAAUGUUAACCUUUUUCAUUUGUCAGAUUUGUUUUUUUUUUUAAAUUAUAUUAAUAAAAGCACAACUGCUGCCUU